AUGAUCCAGAGAGGGGAGAUCUGGAGACCAGAUGUCUCAGUAUCAUCCCGGCUCUCCAGUGAGUCCAGAGAUGGAGAGGUGAUGUUGUCACAGCUCAGUGUCCUGAUUGGACCUGAACCUCGCUAUGGCAGCGGCGACCUGACGGAGCCAUGUGGGGGGCGGGACUGCUCCACCUGUCAGUGUUUUCCAGCCAAAGGAGCGAGGGGAGGUCCAGGUCCUGUGGGACACCAGGGCCCUCAGGGGCCUCCAGGGUUCCCCGGCCCUCAGGGGCCUCCCGGAGAGAAGGGCCACCGAGGAAACGAGGGUCCGACAGGAGUUUCAGGACUGAAGGGAGACAUGGGGAACGUCGGCGUUCCGGGCUUUCCCGGGUUAGAAGGACUCCCGGGUCAUCCAGGUCCAGCCGGAGGUCCCGGGUUUCCAGGUCUGGAUGGAUGUAAUGGGACCAGAGGGAACACAGGAGAUUCUGGAUUUCCUGGAGAAUCAGGACUCGAUGGAGAACCGGGUUUACCAGGACUGAAGGGAUUCCCCGGAGAUCCAGCAGUCUACUUCAUACAGUACCCUGGGAUACCUGGUGACGUCGGGCCCAGCGGACUACCUGGUGCACAGGGUAAUAAAGGCUUCUUAGGUCAGAGUGGAGCGCUGGGUCCUGCAGGACUGCUGGGGUCCAACGGUUUUCCUGGUGUUACUGGUUCCAGAGGUCGACCUGGAGAAAAAGGUCGAUCUCUGCCCGGACAGAAAGGAGAUGAGGGGGAACAGGGCCUUCAGGGGCCUCCGGGGCCGUUUGAGUACGUGGACCCUCCAGAGGACCUUUACAUCAAAGGAGAACAGGGUCCAGCAGGCCUCAAAGGUCUCUGUGGCAUUCAGGGAUUUCCGGGUCUGGACGCUCUUCCAGGAAUGAAAGGAGAGAAAGGGAUUGUGGGAUUUCCGGGAUCCAGGGGAUUCUGUGGACGACCCGGCCCGCCAGGGGAAAAAGGAGACAAGGGAACUCUGGGAAGUCCUGGUCUUCCAGGUCUGAUUGGACGAGAAGGUCUGAAGGGCAUGAUGGGAGAUCCGGGUCCUAAAGGCCUCCCCCAGGACUCAGUCAUCACCCUCACAGGUGACGUCGGGGUCCCCGGGGACCCAGGACAGAGCGGCCCCCUAGGAGACAUGGGCUUCAUGGGAACACACGGACCCCCAGGGGCCCCUGGCAGGUCCAUCUCCGGACCACCAGGUGUCAUGGGUCAGAUGGGAGUUCCAGGAUCCAGAGGUGACCGAGGAGAACCAGGUCAAAUAUUUGUAGGUGAACCCACACCUGGAGAACCUGGGAAACCAGGACGCCCAGGACCCCGAGGACCAAAAGGAGGACCAGGGAGUCCAGGUUAUUAUUGUCUUCCCGGGGCCCCAGGACUGUCCGGAGAGCCAGGAGAACUGGGGCCUCCCGGGGCCCAAGGUUCCACAGGGUUUAAAGGUGACUGUGGGGAAUGUCGCUGUGGGCCCCCGGUUCCACUGAUCGGACCCCCCGGUGCUGAAGGGGAAUCGGGUUCCCCGGGGUUUCCUGGAGUCUUGGGGACUCCGGGUCUGAGAGGUGAGAGAGGUUCACCUGGAGACCCCGGACUGAGCGGGCAACAGGGCCUGGGCGGUUUUCCAGGUGUCACAGGGUUCAAAGGUCAGAAAGGAGAUUUUAGAGUGGUGGAUAUUAAAGGUGAGAAAGGAAACCGAGGUGAGGAGGGUCCUGCAGGCCGGCUGGGCUUCUCAGGGAGGAGAGGAUCCGACGGGUCCGCUGGGGCCCCUGGAACCCCAGGCCCCCAGGGCGACAGCUUCUCCGGGCCUCCAGGGGACCGGGGUUUCCCGGGCCUGUCGGGGCCCGGCGGGGCAUCGGGCCCUUCGGGGCCUCCAGGACCUGCUGUAGUUGGAGCAGUGGGACAGCGCGGAGACCCAGGGGCCCCGGGCUCUCCAGGAUUCCCGGGGCCCCCAGGGCCCAAAGGGGUUAGAGGUGACACCCUGCCAUGUGUACCCAGGAAUCCCGGCGCUCCCGGACAGAAAGGAGAGACGGGAAAUAACGGCUACAGAGGACUUCCGGGUCCUCCAGGUUUCCGUGGCAACACUGGACCUGAUGGACCAAAAGGAGACGAAGGACACUCUGGACGUACUGGACCACCAGGACGACAAGGACCUCCGGGAGUUGUCGGAGAUACGGGAGAGGAAGGACCUGAAGGCCUCAGUUAUGGUGGAGAGCCAGGCUCUCCAGGGCUGCCGGGUUUUCCUGGAUUGAAGGGACCAGCUGGGGUCUCUGAUGUUGGGCCUUCUGGACCCAUGGGCUUCCCGGGGCCACUGGGUUCACAGGGACCUAAAGGGGUCCCGGGCCCCCCGGGCAACGAUGGAUUACCAGGUGUCCUAGGCCUGCCUGGAGGGCCCGGUCCCAGGGGCCAGAGAGGACAUGAUGGGGCUCCGGGAGUAGCUGGACCCAAAGGACGCACACCGAUCUCAUGUGAGAAAGGAAAACCUGGUUCCAGGGGGCUCUUUGGCCCCCAAGGACCCAUUGGACCCCCAGGGUUUCUGGGGCAGAAGGGGGACCUGGGUGAGGUGGGCCCGCUGGGUUUUGGCCCCAAAGGCUCUACCGGUAAACCGGGCUCUCCAGGGCUCCCUGGGCACCCGGGUCUGCAGGGCCGCGCUGGCUCCACUGGAGACUCUGGAGUACCAGGACCAGAUGGAGGGAAAGGUCUGAUGGGGCCUCCGGGCAGGGAAGGAGGUCCAGGGGCCCCGGGACGGACCGGGGUCCCUGGAGGUCCGGGGCAGAGAGGGGAGCAAGGCUUCAGUGGACGGGACGGAGCUGCAGGAUACCAAGGGCCUAAAGGAGCGAGAGGCUGUAGAGGGGCCCCGGGGCCCCCAGGAGAGACCCAGUGUAUCCCCAUCAAAGGCGAGAGAGGAAAACCGGGACCCUCCGGCCUCAAUGGCUUCACCGGACCUCGAGGAAAUAAAGGUGUGCACGGUGCUGCUGGUAAGCCAGGGUAUCCGGGCCUCUGCGGGCCCCUAGGCAGCAUUGGACCCCCAGGACCCCCCGGGACCUGUGGCAAGCCAGGGCCUCCAGGACCAGCUGGACGUCUAGGAGCUCCAGGACUUAUUGGCUUCCCCGGCGAGACCGGAGAUCAAGGGGACCUGGGAUGCCCUGGUCAGCCUGGUAAGCCCGGUCACCAAGGAUGUGCUGGACCCAAAGGUGAUAAAGGAGAGUCUGUGGGUGGUCCUGGUUCACCUGGAGACAAGGGGCCUCGUGGAGACUCUGGACCCUCAGGCCCAGCUGGACCUCGGGGGGAUCCAGGACGCCCGGGUUUCAUUGGGGCUCCGGGCCUGAAAGGAUGCAAAGGAGAUCCGGGCCCCCAUGGAGACACAGGACUACCAGGUGUGCUGGGCCCUCCAGGUUCCAGAGGUCGACCAGGUCCUGCAGGUGUCCCUGGUGAGGCCGGUGCUGACGGUCCUGCAGGUGAACAGGGCUGCCUGGGACUGAAAGGUCCUCCUGGACCGCUGGGACUUCAUGGACUGGAUGGACUGAAAGGAGUGAAAGGAGACAUGGGGACCAGAGGUCUCGGUGUUCCAGGUACUCAAGGGUGCCAAGGUCUUCCAGGGGAUAAGGGACCUCCAGGCCCUCCAGGCCCCAGUGGUUCAUCCCAGCCUGGGCCUCCAGGACCUAAUGGCCCCCCAGGACCCAAAGGACCACCGGGUGAUUGUGGACCUGUAGGUGAUCCAGGCCCAGACUGUAAAGGCCCGAUCCAAGGGCCUCCUGGAGAUCGUGGUUUCCCUGGACCAGAUGGAGAGCCAGGGUGCCCUGGUAGCACCGGAGAGCCAGGUCCAAAUCCUCCCAUACCCGGAGAUGAUGGGGACAAUGGGGGCCCAGGGUGGCAAGGGCCAAAGGGAGAAAAGGGGUCUCCAGGGGCCACAGGACUACCAGGCAUAGCUGGAAAUCUAGGGGUGAAAGGUAAGCGGGGCUCUACAGGCCUGAUGGGACUCCCUGGGAAUCGGGGUCCUGGAGGUUUUCGCGGUCCUGCUGGACUUCCAGGACCGAAGGGAUCUGCUGGACUAGUUGGUCCCAAGGGGGAGAAAGGCGGAGUCUCUCCAUGCCUACCUUACCCACCCGCCCCACAGGGUUCACCUGGCCCCCCGGGCCCCCCAGGUCCGCCUGGAAGUGAUGGCCUCCCAGGAGAGAGCGGCCCCACCGGACUCCCGGGUAAGAAGGGGGACCAAGGGUCUCUAGGACAAACAGGCCCAGUGGGGCCACCAGGUCAAGAUGGAGACACAGGAAAUCCAGGCCUGCAGGGGGAGAGUGGAGUCGAUGGAGCCAAGGGUGAUCCCGGCGUACUCGGGGACCGCGGACCUCCCGGACCCUCCAGAACCCUGAACACGGGCUUCCUGUUGGUGAUGCACAGCCAGUCAAAGACGGUUCCCUCCUGUCCGCUGAACAUGGGAACUCUGUGGAUCGGAUACAGCCUGCUGUACCUGGAGGGUCAGGAGAAGGCCCACACACAGGACCUGGGUCAGGCCGGGUCGUGCAUGCGGGUCUUCUCCACGAUGCCGUUCUCUUCCUGUAAUAUGGGAACUUGUUCUUACGCCAGCCGCAACGAUAAAUCCUAUUGGCUGUCGACCACGGCGGCUGUUCCCAGCAUCCCGGUGGGCGGAGCCUCCAUCCAGGAACACAUCAGUCGCUGUGUGGUCUGUGAAGCCCCCUCCGCCCCCGUCGCUCUGCACAGCCAGACCUCCACCCAGCCUAACUGCCCCCCCAACUGGAAGAGCCUGUGGACCGGAUACUCCUUCCUGAUGCAUACAGGUGCAGGAGAUGAGGGUGGUGGACAGUCUCUGACAUCAUCAGGAAGCUGCCUGACAGACUUCAGGGCCCAGCCCUUCGUGGAGUGCCAGGGGCCUCGAGGCACUUGCCACUACUUUGCCAACAUCUACAGCUUCUGGCUGACCACGGUGGACGGCACGGCCUCGUCCUCCGACAUGUCGUCCAGCACGCUGACGGAGGGUCGGCAGCAGAGGAGGAACAUCGGGAGGUGUAACGUCUGCAUGAGGGAGUGAAGAGCACCUCCUCUUCCUCCCGCAGAGUCCCAGAGGACGGACAGGAAGACGCUCGUCUGAUUCUCUCUGUGAGGAGACACUGUCACGCUAAUGCUAAUGCUAACGAUACUGCUGCCAGUCAGUCAAUCAAUGAGUCGUGUUCAAUAAGAGC